AUGAUGGCUACUCCGGCUCAUGACGACUCUGUCGCUACUCCGACUGAAGCGAAAAAAGGCAAGAAAAAGGAAGGCAAGAUGAUGGUUGAUCCAUUUGAAGUGCGCAUGCGCUUCACGACUCAGCUGCAGCACCUCAGUGCCUCAGUCACGUCUGCGCAGAAAGCUGCCUUCUAUGCGCUCAAAUAUCGGGACCUGGAUGAGGACCUCCAUUCCUGUAUCCUAGAGCAGCUUGAGCGAAACAACAUGAACAACCGCGCAAACAUCAUGUACUUCAUCGAGCAUCUCUGCGACAUGGCGCUUAAGGAGAACCACCCCACCUAUGUCCGCAUGAUGCAGCGCGAUAUUCUCCGCGUCGUCGAUUCGGUUGUUCCUCCUGAUGGCACUGGCGCAGCCAACGUCAAGCACGUCCGUCACGUCCUCAGCGGACUCCAGAGCAAGAAAGUCCUCACUGCCGAGAGUGUGGCCGAGAUCGACGCCGCUCUGAAGGAUCGCGAUACCCACCCCGAUAUGGAACACGACGAAGGAACCGAGGACGGAAGAAAGUCAAAGGCUGGAACCCCUCAGAUACGCCUCGACAAGAAGCAAAUCGAGCAGCGCAUUGAGGAGGACCGCGAGCGCAACAAACGCCUUCGCGAGAACAUGUGGGCGGUUACUGGCAACGAUCAGGAUGAAUACAACCAGAUGUGGGAAGAGCUUAGUGAUCUUGGAGAAGAUGACUUUACUCGAUUCCGUGAGGAGGCUGAGGAGCGCGAGGAAUGUGUCCGCAAGCACAUGGAAUACUGGACCGCGAAAGCUGCUGGAAAGUGA